AUGGAGCUCAACUAUGAUCCCAUCUUCCCCGACUGCCCAGUCAUUGAUCACUGCCUCUCAAUCUGGUCCCGGCAAGCAGCCUUCCACAGCAAGCCGGCUUUCGUGUGGAUCGACGAGUCCAGCGAAGAGGAAGAACCGGCUGUCUUGACAUACGGUCUUCUGGAUUCUCUCGCUGCCGCUACCUCAAGCUGGCUGAUCCAUGUCGAGGGUCUUAAGCGUGGCGACCGUGUAGUCUUGCUCUAUCCACCAGGCCUCGAUUUCAUCUCUGUUAUCUUCGGCUGCCAGCGAGCGGGGAUCGCUGUAAUCCCACUCGUGCCACCGUCGGCUUCUUCUAACAAAACCAAGAGCGGUAAGGAUAUCAUGGAAGUCAUUCUAGAGGCCUCACCAGUGGCAUUUAUUUCUCCGAAAUCGUUGAGCGCGCAACUUGAUGGAUCGUCCGCAAAAGCCAUCGCCGAGUACUUCAACCUGCGCUGGAUAGCACUGGAGCCAGACAAGAUCCACAGUGUCAGUUUGGAGUCAGUCGACGAUGAUUCUUACGUGAGGCUUUCCAGAGCGGAGGAUUUGUUCCUGAUCCAGUAUACUUCCGGAUCGACUGGCGCUCCAAAACCGGUGAUGAUCUCCGCUGGAGCGGCAGCGCACAACGCUCGAGCGGCUAGAAGAGCUUACGACCUCCAGCCGUCCAGCAUCAUCGUCUCGUGGCUUCCACUGUAUCACGACUGUGGCCUCAUGUUCAUCCUUCUCACCAUCACCUGCGGGGCAACAAGCUUCCUUAGCUCGCCAUUUUCCUUCUCUAAAAGGCCAUGGCUAUGGCUGGAGAUGCUCUCCAAAUUCAAAGCUACCUGUACCGUGGUGCCCGCAUUUGCUCUCCCUCUGGUAGAAUCCAAACUCGUCCAGGAUAACUCAUUUCCAGAUCCCAAAGCUCGGCAUUUGCAACUGGAUUUGUCACACCUCGAGAGCUUGAUUCUCGUCAACGAGCCCAUCCUGGCAGCAAGCAGACAAGCAAAGAAGUACCUGAUGGAGAGGAAGGCGAGGUGUGGAUUUCCUCUCCAAGCAUGGGAAGCGGCUAUGUGA